AUGAAGGUCCUCAGCGCCGUCCUCGCUGCCCUCGGCAUGGCCUCCGCGGCCGCUGCCCAUAUGGAGAUGAAGAGCCCGCCGCCGUUCCGCUCCAGCUUCAACCCCAACACCGGCGACGACAUCGACUACGACAUCCGCUCGCCGCUCAACUCCGACGGCAGCGACUUCCCCUGCAAGGGAGACCUGCGCCUGCUCGACACCCCCAAGGGCCGGCCCGUCGCCACCUGGGCCCCCGGUGGCACUUACUCCUUCGUCAUCCACGGCGACACCCCGCACGACGGCGGCAGCUGCCAGGCCUCCGUCUCCUUCGACUCCGGGCGCACCUACAAGGUGGUGCACUCGUACAUCGGCAACUGCCCCGUCUACGGCGACUCGAGCUACCGCUUCACGCUGCCGAGCGACACCCCGUCCGGCCGCAUGAUCUUCGCGUGGAGCUGGUUCAACAACGAGGGCAACCGCGAGAUGUACAUGAACUGCGCGGUGAUCAACGUGGCGGGCAAGCAGCGCCGGGACGCGUCGGUGCCGCUGGCGAGCCGCCCGGACAUGUUCGUGGCGAAUGUCGGGAAUGGCGUGUGCACGUAUGAGGGCACGGACGUCGAGUUCCCGCAGCCGGGGCCGGACGUGACGCGCAACACGAACCGCGCGCAUGCUCCCGGUAGCGGCAGCUGCAACAACUGGGGCGGCGAUGGCGAUGGCCAGUGGUGGUGA